AUGGCCAAAGGAGUGUCGUCUCAUAGACUAUCGGAAGGUUGGUUUGCAGAUCCGGAUAGACGAUACUGUUGUGUUGACUGCUUCAUGCAAGAUCCCACAGGGCCAGAGGAUGUGGACAAGGCAUGGCCAAAGGAUGGCGUUCAAGUGUCGCGCGAUCUGAACCCAAGGCCCGGGAUUCUUGAGACUUUGCCAGACGAUCUCAUCAUCCACAUCUUCACUUUCUCCGUUGGCUUCCUCCAUCGACGCAAAUACUACUCCUGUGCUCCGGAAGCUGCCACUCUCAUCAACAUCACCCACACAAAUCGACGAUUCAGGUCCAUCGCCAUUGGACAUGCGCCGUUUUGGGCGGAGAAUAUUCAGCCAGACACCGACUGCUACGACAAGGUUCUCACCUUCCUGCAUAGAUCUUUGCAGGAACCAAUUCACAUCAUCAGCUGCGCACGCCGUCCGGUUUGGGGACCGUUGAGGGAGCAACGAAUGGCCAUUUGGCAUGCUCUUAUUGACCAAUUCUAUCGCUGCGCCACGCUUGUCGUCACGCUCGCGCCCUUUGGAGAGGUAAGGCCAAUUAGCGAGCUCCUUGGCGCUGCCCACAAUCUAGAAACCCUUGUAAUCGACAUUGAAGCCCACGACGCCGAGAUCGACCCGCUCAUGCAAGUACCUUUUAUUACUUGGGCGGCGGCAAACACCGAGUUCCCUGUUCCCCCAUCCGUCCCCAACCCCUUCGCAACUUUACGACAAUUGUCCGUCCUCCAGUCUAAUCGGGGACCUUCCGAGCCAAAACCAUCGGCGAUGGAGUGGCUUGUCGCUUUAUACCACCUUCCCCAACUCGAAAUCCUCGAACUCUGUGACGCCAUUCAAGUCCCAGCCUACCACUGUCUAAGCUACGCCGAUCCUUCUACUGUCGUGUCCGAGGGCCGCUUCCACCACAUCAAGGACAUUCGCGUCAACGGCAACGCGUAUGCCUGCGGACUGCUCAUCAGAUACCUUCGACCGCGUCCGCAGGUAGCUGUAUUUCGUCUGGCUUGGCAGAAGUUCCCGAAGUGGCCCCAGCCACGCAACGAAAAGGAGAUGGAGAUGGCGUUAGUGACGAGCAGUGUCGAGGCCCUCCUUCACCUCCUUAUUCCCUCGGAUUGGGACACCUGGCGCAUAUCCUUCGACAAGGCUACGUUCGGGGUCAGAGCUACGAGUAGAGGGCCCUCCAAUUACUUUUUCGAUAUGGCGAUUUCUGCGACCCACCCAGCACACCGCACCCCAAUGGACCAUGGAAUCUAUCAUGCACUCCACUCCUUCCAAUCCAACCUACUUUGUCGAGAUGGCGCCCUAUCAGGUGUCGACACCCUGUCCUUAGCUAGCGACAGUGUAGACGUCGGGCGAUUUCCCGAAACUUUGAAGGCUUUAUCACGACUACAUCAGCAAAUGGGGUCGGUCGCCAACAUUUACGUCGAUUUUAACGGUACCGAGCAUCUCAUAGGACCACUGCUUUGUUCCACACCUGAAUUCUUGGAUAUCACGCCCAACAACCCCACUUCUGACGCUCCUGCAACCAUCGCUCGAUUUGCCGCGCCCAACGCUUCCCUCUUCGGUGUUCUCGCAAGUGCAGUUUUAUCCCCGGUGAAGUGGGCUGACAUACAUGGAUUUCUUGUUUCUCGCCUGAAGAGCCCCGUAGAAGUUACAAGAAUUUCUAUUCUCGCAGUCCGGCUGGACAUCGAGCCAGAACAGGAGACGCUCGAAGAGCUUGCUCGCAUACUCACUGCCCUUUGUCUCUGUCCCGCAGGUAGAGACUUGUGUGUAAAGGUCCAUGGGAAUCCAAGAUCGCGGGUGUGGUUCAAAUUCCAAACCGACGGAGAUGGGGAAUUUAUCCAAGGGCCGGUUUAUGGCUGGUGA